GCUCUCUCUCAACUCUGUCACGACGCACUCAAUUCAUCCAUCCCUAUCUCUCACUUCACUCUCUCUCUCUCAAAACCAUAACCCUAACAAUGCCCGAUUUUACAAAUGUUCUUGAACCACCGCCACCCCAACCACCGUCCCAGCCACCGUUGUCACAAAUUUCUUGCCCCAGUCAUUAUGCCGAUGACCCGAAUUCGAAGUCCGCAUCUCAACAUGACAACGAAGACUGUGACCAAAUGCUCCAGAACCCCAAGACUGACUUGAAACCCGGUUACCUGGACAGCGGAUGUUGUACUAAGCCUGACCCCACGAUUGAGAAUCCGGACUCCGACAUAAGUUCAGAGCCAGAGCUCCGGACUGUGCUUCGAGAAGACGGGGUAAUGUGUCAGAGUAAUGGAGGAUCUAGGGUUACGGUUAGCCUGAGUGGUGGUGUUGAGAGGCCUGCUACCACAAACAAGAGUCUAGAUGAGUUUGUUAAAGAUUGGGUCAUGCGGAGAGUCAAAGCUGGCGUUUCUGAACAGCGUUGUUUUUUGCCGUUCCUAGCUCAAGCUCCCAAAUUGGUUGAGUGCUCUGUCUGCCUCAACUUAAUUCUCCCCGGUGAAGACAUAUCGUGCUCUGUUCGAGGGUGUCAGAUAGUUGUACACCAGCAAUGUGCAAAAGAAAUUCAGUGUUCUUCUUCUGCAAAACAGUUCAAGUGUCCUCAACAUGUAUGUUACUCUUGUAACAAAACCAAUCAUAUAUGGAGAUGCAUCAAGUGCCUUAUGGCAUCACAUGACAAAUGUGCAGCAUUUCCUGAGUAUGUUGUUCAUCUUACUAGCCAUCCAGGGCAGGCAAUCUGUUGGAAACAUCAUGAAGAUUGGCACCUGCAAAAGGAGGCUUGCUGACAGGACUGACAUAUCUUGUUUGAUGAGCAGCAUAAAGAUCCAAUCAAAAGUAUUGAGGAAAUAUUCAGUUACCUGCCUCUACCAUACACAGAGGAGGAGUUUAAGAUCAACUUAAACCGGAAGGAUACAAAUGAUUGCAAAUUGGAGCCACCUCAUUAUGAGGCAAUCAGGCGAAAUGUGUACCUCAUCAAGAAAAAGCGUGACAAUCUUGCUGCUGAUAAUGGAUGCACAAAUUGCAGUUCUACAAAGUGUUUAGACAAUUGUAUCUGCAGGUUAAGAAAAUCAGGCUUGCAUGUGAAGUUGUAAUGCUUCUGGAUUUUAGGGUCCAGUCCAUUAGCUGCUCAAAGGCUUGUCGCUGCUCUGGUAAAUGCUCAAAUAGGCCAUUCAGAGAAGAGAAAAAGAUUAAACUAGUCAAGACUGAACUCUGUGGUUGGGGUGUUGUAGCAGCUGAAGCUAUCAAAAAGGGGGAUUUCAUCAUAGAGUAUAUCGGAGAAGUAAUUGAUGAUGCUAUGUGCGAAAAGAGGCUUUGGGAAAUGAAAUACAAGAGACAGAAAAACUUCUACAUGUGUGAACUAUGGAAGGAUUUCACAAUUGAUGCAACUUUCAAGGGAAAUUUUUCACGUUUUCUGAAUCACAGUUGUGACCCCAACUGCAAACUGGAAAAGUGGCAAGUUGAGCAUGAGACACGUGUCGGUGUGUUUGCUGACCGGGACAUUGAAGUGGGAGAGCCGUUGACUUAUGACUACAGAUUUGUACAGUUUGGGCCAGAAGAGAAGUGCCAUUGCGGUACCCAUAAGUGUCAUGGAUUUCUUGGCACAAAAAAGAAGAUUGGUAGUAGGGUAGAGUUUUGCUGGGGUAGUAAACGCAAGAGAACCUCUACUUCCUGCGUGACCACAGUUAAAGUCAAUCCGUACUGAGCCAUUUUCGCCUGCUUUAUGUUUUGGUUUCUCAACCAAAGAAAAAUAGAGGAUAUGAUUAUAGGAAAAGGAAAAAAAAGAUCUUUCCUUUGAAGUGCUGUAUCAGAGUGCAUUUCCCCUUGAAAACAAUAAGAGUAAACUGUAAUUGGUAAAGAGCAUUGAACAAGAAUGAAAUUUUGUGAGAUUUUAGUUUGGGCUUCAAUGUACGUGUUUUAAUUUGUAGUUUUAAGUUUUAACCAUUAGUAAUGUUUAUAAGAGAGUACUAUUUGGAAAUGGUUGUUUUGAUGUACAUAUCUGAUUAGGAAUGAAAUCUCUAUUUUUUUAGAAAGAGAAUACCUCGCCAUCACAAUUGACAAGUACCAAUGGGUGAUAGACUCAUAGGCUCAUAGCCUAUCCAACAGUUAUUUCCAAACCACAACAUGGGAAUAGCUUAUUUGAUCC